AUGAAAAAAUAAUCAAAUAAGCAUUUUAAAACAGAACCAUCAGUUCAAUAAUCUAAUAAAACACCAAUAAGCCCUUAGGUAAAUUUAAAGACUGAUGAAUAAUUAACCUAAAGUCAAUUACAUAAUGACUUUCUAAAAACAUAAUAGUCAUUUCGUAGCUCAACAAGUCCUUUAGCUUAAAAUUCAUCUCUAAGGUAAAUUUUUUCAUUUUUAUUCAGCUCUAAAGUCACAAACUCAGCCAAGCCUUAAGUAUAAAAUAAUUCUAAAACAUCUAUGCAGAUUUUAUCUAAAUAGAAGAUGUCAAAUAUGCAUGAACGUUCUAUUAUUAAAGUUAUGGGUUUCAAUAUUGAGGCUGUAUGUUCUAAGAGAAAUCAUGAAAAUAAUAAAAUGUUAUACUUUUGUUAAUUUUCAGAAUGCAAAGCAGACAAUAGAAUAGGUUGUUCAUAUUGUUUAGUUGAAUAACAUAAUGAUCAUUCUACUUAGAUAAUGGAAGUUUAGAAUUUCUGUAAGAUAUUUGAUGAUAAAAAAAAGCAAGUAUAAGUAUAAUAAAUGAUAUAGUUUAUAAACUUGAGUGAAACAAUCAUUAAACCUCCAGAAAAAACAUAAGAAAUCAAAUUCUAUUUUGAUUAACUUAAACAAUAUUUGUUAGAUCGUUUGUUUAUUAUUGAGAAGAAUGUUUUAUAAUCUAUUACUUAAUAACUAGAAUGGAAUCCAUUAGAAAAGGAAUUAGUAAAUAAAAUAAUUGAUUUGGGUUCAAAAAAGAUAUUUGAAAUGUCUUAAGAUGAACUUAAGGAGAGCUUAGAUUUUAUAAAAGGCAAGCAUUUUUAAGAAUUAGAAUAUAUUAAAAAAGAAACAAAUAAUUAUUUAGGUUAAAAAAUAAAUUAAGUUGAAAAAUCUUGGAUUGAGUAUAAAAAAUAAUUAGAGGUUGAUUUAUAUAAUCUUUUAGAUGAGAAUAAUAAAUUUGUAUUAUUAGAUCCAUAAAGUAAAGAAUUUGUUGAGUUUAAACUAAAUUUUUUUAAAUAAAAAGAGAAAUAAUUAAAUGAAAUUAUGUAGCCUUAUAUUAAAUAAUUAACAGUGAUAUAAGAAGAAUAAAAAUAGAAAGAAUUAAAAUAAAUAAAUUAAGAUAAAAGUUUGGAAUAAUAUUAAAAUAUUGAUGAAGUAAAUUAAGAAAAAGAGAAGUUGAGAUAGAGUUAAGUAUUUUAAAAAAAAUAAAAAGAUAUAAAAUAAUGUAAUUAAUAAACUGAAAGAGAAAGAGAGAGAGAAAGAACAAUUUUAACAUUUCCUUAUAAAAUAUAUUCUGAAGAGUGUGGUCAUAGAAUUACAUGUAAUACAAUACCAAUAUUUGGAUGUUGUAGUAAAGCUUAUCCAUGUUCAUUUUGUCAUGGAAAUAUUACUCAUUCAGCAAGAAUUCAAGUACCAAGUUAUAGAUAUUGUAUGAAAUGUCUUGAAAUAUAUCUUGUUUAGUAUCCAACUAAUUAUCCUAUGAAUUGUCUAAAAUGUUUGAAAUGA